CUAGUACCAGCAGCAGCAGCGAUAGUUCAGGUCAGUCAGCCCAGUCAGCAGUCAUCCACGCAUCUAUCUAUAUUCCCUUUUCUUAAAUUAGCCACUUUAAGCUUCGCGAUACCGCCCCCAAUUUCAGCGUCGGUACGGAGCCGCCAGGCCGGGACAGAGACGGAGAGAGAGGCCUCGGCCAUGGAAGCGCUCGGACCAGGCCCGCCCGCCCCAACCUCUCUGUUUCAGCCUCCGCGGCGUCCCGGCCUCGGCACGGUGGGGAAACCCAUCAGGCUCCUUGCCAACCACUUCCAGGUGCAGAUUCCCAAGAUUGAUGUCUAUCACUAUGAUAUCGACAUCAAGCCUGAGAAACGACCUCGGAGAGUCAACAGGGAAGUGGUGGACACCAUGGUGCGGCACUUCAAGAUGCAGAUCUUUGGAGACCGCCAGCCUGGCUAUGACGGGAAGAGGAACAUGUACACAGCACAUCCACUGCCAAUUGGGAGAGACAGGGUGGAUCUGGAGGUGACUCUGCCAGGUGAGGGGAAAGAUCAGACGUUCAAGGUGUCUUUGCAGUGGGUGUCGGUGGUCAGUCUGCAGAUGCUCCUGGAAGCCCUGUCAGGUCACCUUAACGAGGUCCCCGAAGACUCCGUUCAGGCUCUGGAUGUCAUCACACGGCAUCUGCCUUCCAUGAGGUAUACUCCUGUGGGGCGUUCGUUUUUCUCCCCUCCGGAGGGCUAUUACCAUCCUCUGGGCGGCGGCAGGGAGGUGUGGUUUGGUUUUCAUCAGUCUGUCCGUCCUGCCAUGUGGAAUAUGAUGCUCAACAUCGAUGUGUCUGCGACAGCCUUCUACCGUGCUCAGCCUGUGAUAGAGUUCAUGUGCGAGGUGCUGGAUAUACAGAACAUCAACGAACAGACCAAACCCCUCACUGACUCGCAGCGCGUCAAAUUCACCAAGGAAAUAAGAGGCUUGAAAGUCGAGGUCACACACUGUGGUCAAAUGAAGAGGAAGUAUCGCGUGUGCAACGUAACGCGCCGUCCUGCCAGCCACCAAACGUUCCCCUUACAGCUUGAGAAUGGCCAAGCCAUGGAGUGCACAGUAGCUCAGUAUUUCAAGCAGAAGUACAAUCUGCAGCUCAAGUAUCCACACUUACCCUGCCUGCAAGUAGGGCAAGAACAGAAGCACACCUACCUUCCCCUGGAGGUCUGUAACAUAGUAGCAGGCCAGCGCUGUAUCAAGAAACUGACAGACAACCAGACAUCCACCAUGAUCAAAGCUACAGCUCGCUCAGCCCCCGACAGACAGGAAGAGAUCAGCAGACUGGUCAAAAGUAACAGCAUGGUCGGGGGGCCGGACCCUUACCUGAAAGAAUUUGGCAUUGUGGUGCACAAUGACAUGACAGAAGUGACGGGGCGUGUUCUCCCAGCACCCAUGCUGCAGUAUGGGGGCCGGGUGAGUACAGACACAGGGAGGGACUGUGGAAGGGGUCUCUCUCCGCAGAAUAAAACCGUGGCUACGCCCAACCAGGGCGUGUGGGACAUGAGAGGGAAGCAGUUCUACGCCGGCAUCGAGAUCAAGGUCUGGGCUGUGGCCUGCUUCGCUCCUCAGAAACAGUGCCGAGAGGACCUGCUCAAGAGCUUCACUGACCAGCUGCGAAAGAUCUCCAAGGACGCUGGGAUGCCCAUUCAAGGCCAGCCGUGUUUCUGUAAAUACGCCCAAGGGGCUGACAGUGUGGAGCCCAUGUUCAAACACCUCAAGAUGUCGUAUGUGGGUCUGCAGCUGAUCGUGGUCAUCCUGCCUGGUAAAACUCCAGUCUACGCUGAAGUGAAGCGAGUGGGGGACACCCUGCUUGGCAUGGCAACCCAGUGUGUUCAGGUGAAGAACGUAGUGAAGACGUCCCCUCAGACCCUCUCCAACCUGUGCCUCAAGAUCAACGCCAAGCUGGGAGGCAUCAACAACGUCCUGGUGCCUCAUCAGAGGCCCUCUGUGUUCCAGCAGCCCGUCAUCUUCCUGGGUGCAGACGUCACACACCCUCCAGCAGGUGAUGGGAAGAAGCCGUCCAUUGCGGCGGUGGUGGGCAGCAUGGACGGCCACCCCAGCCGUUACUGCGCCACAGUGCGAGUCCAGACGUCUAGACAGGACAUGUCCCAGGAGCAGCUCUUCAGCCAGGAGGUCAUCCAAGACCUGACCAACAUGGUGCGGGAGCUUCUCAUCCAGUUCUACAAGUCCACACGCUUCAAGCCCACACGAAUCAUCUAUUACCGCGGCGGCGUGUCAGAGGGACAAAUGAAACAGGUGGCAUGGCCGGAGCUGAUAGCAAUCAGGAAGGCCUGCAUCAGUCUGGAGGAGGAUUACAGGCCCGGCAUCACCUACAUUGUUGUUCAGAAACGUCACCACACUCGCCUCUUCUGCUCUGACAAAGCUGAGAGGGUUGGGAAAAGCGGUAACGUACCGGCCGGCACCACAGUGGACAGCACCAUCACACACCCGUCCGAGUUCGACUUCUACCUGUGCAGCCACGCUGGGAUUCAGGGAACCAGUCGUCCCUCCCACUACCACGUCCUGUGGGAUGACAACUGUUUCACUGCCGACGAACUGCAGCUCCUCACCUACCAGCUGUGCCACACCUACGUCCGCUGCACGCGCUCCGUCUCCAUCCCAGCACCAGCCUACUACGCCAGACUAGUGGCCUUCCGAGCCCGCUAUCACCUGGUGGACAAAGACCACGACAGUGCUGAAGGCAGCCAUGUGUCGGGUCAGAGUAACGGCCGGGACCCCCAGGCGCUGGCCAAGGCAGUUCAGAUCCACUAUGAUACCCAGCACACCAUGUACUUCGCCUGAGCUAGCAAGCACAUCAGCCAGUCCACCCACAGCUUUCUCCCUUUUAUUUUCCUGUCUUUUUUUAUCUCUUAUUUGCCAGUCUCUCUCUUUCUCUCCUUGUAGUCUGUCUCUUUGUCUUCACACUCAGUCUGCUCAUUGUUUUUGUUUUUUGUUUUGUUUUGUUUUGUUUUUUUUAAAUCUACACCAAAGCGGCUCUCGGUCGAGGGGAAAUCUACUGUAUCCUGAUGUCCAGCAGGUUUUUGUUUCCAGGAACAAUCUCCAACCAGCGUUCCCACUUGAGCCGCCUUUCAAACCAGCAAUCCAGCACUGCAAACCCUGAGGGCUUCCGGUGCACAAAACAAGAAAACAAACAAAAAAAACAAACAAAAAAGCAAACCAUACACACAUACUACAAGUUGAGCCAUUAUUUUGCGUUUGUUUUUAUUCUAUUUGAAUGUCUGCACUCUUGUGUUUGUAAGAUACACUGAGCGAGGGAGUGGAUUGGCACAGUCUGUGUCGGCGCAGCUCUUCAGCUCUCCCAGCUAAGCAGGACUCUUAUCUACUUUUACCUCAAAGCCCCUUUGGGCGAAAUCUGUCACAAGGUCUUGGGUUUAUUGGGUGGUGGGGAGGGAACUCUACAGGAAAAGAGAUGGAGGGGAGUCGACCUUUUGAGAAUGAGAUGAUCUAUAUAUAUAUACAUAUAUAUACACACAUAUAUUUUUUUUUUCCUUUUUAUGAGCGUGUGUUUUAACUUUUUCUCCUUUACCGUCUUUUACAAGCGAGGUGACCUGGGUGUCAUGCCCAUUACUACUUUCCUCCCAUCUUAGCGAAGAAUACGCAGAUCUGUGUGCGUGUGUGUGCAUCUCUGUAUAUACGUGUACUGCUGUAUGAGAGUGCGUUUGUGUGUGCAUGUGUGUUUCAUGGCAGGCCACUGAAUUGUAAAGGGAAAUCAAGGAGAUAACUGCUGUAAAUGCCUCAGAUUUGUUUUUAUAUUCACACAUACAGUACGUAUAAGCAUAUAUUUACAUCUAUAGAGCAACUGAGACAUAUGACUUAAAACAGGCCUCGCAGAGGCUGGUGUGGGUAUUUGUAGCAGUCCUGGCUCACUUAUUGAUUGAAAUGCUUUUGAAUUACAUUUUGAAUGUGUGGGAUCGGCACCUCCGGGAGCCAGCUGCUCCCCUUGUGCCUCAAAACAUCACCGAGUCCCAGGAAGAAAACAAAAGUGGUUUUAAUCCAUUUCAGCGGUAAAUGAUGUCAGGUCUGACGUGUAGCAGUAGCAACCGUGGUCUGGCCUGUGACUGGCUCAGCAUUGGGACCUGUUGAAUGGCUGAAAGCAUUAAACAGAGUUUGGUCUUAUCAGCCCUGCGUUCUGUAUGAAAAGCAGGAUCUUAUUUUUUCUUUGGACCUGAUUAUCUGAAUGAUUAUGAUGAUGCGGCUGGACUUUUCUUUCUCUUUUUCCUCUUCUUUUUGUAGUAGUUUCAAGGGCCGGAAACAAACAUAGUUUUUGAGGUUUCCCUUGUUAAUACUGGCCAAUUCAUUGCACUGACCCGGGACGCUAGGCAAGCAACAGAGGGCACUCUCAAUCUCUCGUACCUUUAUGCAUUUAUACAUACGAAUCAACAAAGCAGAUUUGUAAAAGUUUAAUAUAAGAUGUUUUGUGGUUAUCUUAAAAGCUGUUGUUUAGAAGUAGUGGUUUACCAUUGAUGUUGUUGUUAUCGUUGUUGUCAAUGUUGUUACUAUUGUGAUGAAAUUUUACGGUUGGCAGCAAAGCCAGUUAUAUAGUUACUAGUGUGACUUCAGGAAUAGACUUCAGUUGUUGAGCUGCAGGUUAAGGGGCUUAAAGCUUUUGUGAUUGACAUUUUCUUUUUGUAGCAUUCUGGUUAACGGUGAGAAGAUGGUCGGCCCCAGGAUGGUUGAAUUCAUGCUUCCUCUGUAGGUUUUUGAGGCUCUGACUGGUAGAGCAGAUCUGCCGCUGUGUGCAUCACUCAGUGGGUGUCGACUGGUUUCGAUGAGUUUGAUGGAGACAAUCGGGAACUGUAAUCAGAGUGAACCCAGACGAAGGGAUUUGAUAAAAGCGGUCUGCGUGGGCAAUGAGUUUAAUUUUUAGACCUUUUUUUUAAAAAAAAAACAAAAAAAAAGUUUCUAUUAUUGUGUAUUUGAAGUAUACCCAUCUUAAAGUCUCUCUUUGACGGUGUUUGUUUCAUAUUUUUAUGCAUUUUUAACACUGGAUUAAAUGAAUUGACAGUAAGCAUAAGCACUGCCCUCGGACCCCCCUGUACGAACACUCUGCAGGCUGUUGCCAUGGAAACCGCAGUGACAGCCGUCAUGCGCCGUGGCGACAGUUGCUCGAGUGGUGCCCCCUGGUGCUGGAAAGAGGUAAUGGAGAAAGGGUCGACGUGCACGCCUCAUCGGGGGGGGACAGCUCAGUGAAAGCCCUUUUGUAAUAAACCACCCGUAAAGCUGCAGGUUUACUACGAAUGAGUUUGAGCACCUGCCUGCUGAAGGCGUGGACGUUGGCAUCGGCGAGGAGCAGGAAGUGGUUGUGGACCGGGGGGGGGCGGAUUUGUUAGGGUGUUGUCCAGGCAUUGCAUGCAAUAAGUUUAACUCUUUGUUUAAAGGGGGCAGAUCGGUCUUUUAAAAAGUGCACUAGUUUUACAAAGCCAAGCGGGCUGUGAUUUAAAUAUUCAUCUGGCAUCUCUAAUGGGGAAUGGUUUAAUGAUAUGAUGAUAUCCUUCACAAUAUUUAAGCUCCAGUCAGAUCAGCGAUCACUCCCUGUUUUUGUAACAUGACAUGACAUUGCAAAGCAAUAUUAACCCAGUUCUAGUUUUCAAACGUGGAAAAGCUAUAAUUCUACUCAUUGUGGUUGUUGGUCUACUCUCGCAAUUGUGUCUGUACUUCUUUUGGUUUUUAUUUUCAGUUAAUUUUAUUUGCUUGUAUCAAUCAGUGGGAAUGUGCAUUUGGUGGAAUAGUUAUGUAGGCUUUAGACAAUUUUCUUUUCAAGUAACAAAAUGUAGACUUUGCUCGCCUGCAUGCCAGAGUAUUGUCCUUUAAAAAAGAAAAAAAAAAAAGAUUUAAAAAAAAAAACUUUUUGGAAUCAUAUUUAUUAUGAGAAGAAAAAAUAUAAACGCUUUUUUUUUCUUUUUUUUUGGUAAAUGUUUAUGAAUUUAGUGGGACUGUUUUAGGCUAGCAAUAUUUGUCCAGUCUCUCGAAGAUGCAUUUAAAAGAUUCCUACACAAAUGUCAGUAAUUUGGGAGGUACACUCUGUUUCCUGAGGCGGGUGUGGCCGGUCAGGUCUUUGCGUUGCGUUCAAAUUCAAACGAGGUACUUUCUUCAAACGCGGACCCGUGAAAGACCUGACCCGCCCCCCCUCCGCCUCGUCUUUGCCAGGUUACUGCAGCGAGCGCUCACUUUGUCUCCUCGUUCCUGGUUUGUACCUGUGGCCACGCCUCUUGGUGAGGGCUCUCCUGUCUCCAUGGCAACUCUGCUGACCCCUCGCAAAUGCACUUCCUCUUUGUGAAGGGGUCCCCAUGGCAUCAGCGGAGCAGGAUUACCUCUUUUUAAUCUUUUUAAAGAAAAAAAAAAAAACAGUCCACAAUUGUUUCUGUGCCCCAAUAGAAA